CAGGAGGCGGAAGUUCCCGCGGGCGGUGGGGACGGCGAACUCUCGGCGCGUCACUUGUCAGCGCUCCUCUGAGGCGGCGGCAGCGCGGACCUGAGUUUCUUUCACUUCUUGGGAUUGGACUUUGAGCCUUUAGAACCAUGAGCAACUACAGUGUGUCUUUGGUUGGCCCAGCUCCUUGGGGUUUCCGGCUGCAAGGUGGCAAGGAUUUCAACAUGCCUCUGACAAUCUCUAGUCUAAAAGAUGGCGGCAAGGCAUCUCAGGCGAAUGUAAGAAUAGGCGAUAUGGUCCUGAGUAUUGAUGGGAUAAGUGCACAUGGAAUGACUCAUCUUGAAGCCCAGAACAAGAUUAAGGGUUGUACAGGCUCCUUGAAUAUGACUCUGCAAAGAGCAUCAGCUAUAACCAAGCCAGAGCUGGUUCCUGUUCAAAAGCCCACAGUCACCAGCGUGUGUUCCGAGACUGCUCAGGAGGUAGCAGAGGGACAGAGAAGAGGAUCCCAGGGUGACAGUAAACAGCAAAAUGGGAAAAUCCCACCUAAACGCCCACCAAGAAAGCACAUUGUGGACCGCAAUACAGAGUUUUACCACAUACCAACUCACAGUGAUGCCAGCAAGAAGAGACUGAUAGAGGAUACGGAGGACUGGCGUCCAAGGACUGGAACAACUCAGUCUCGCUCUUUUCGAAUCCUCGCCCAGAUCACUGGGACCGAACAUUUGAAAGAAUCUGAAACUGAUAAUACAAAGAAGGCAAAGUCUGACAGUUCUCUGCAAGAUCUGCUUCAGAGUGGACCUCACCCACCUGCAACUUCUCAGGUUUUACAUACUGGUAGCCCAGUAGCCACACUUUCUAAAGUAAUUACUAGGUAUACCAACUUAAGUAGCCCCACAAGAAAUAUGGUGACAAGUUCUUUGGAAGGUUUUCGCAACUUUUCUACCUUCCCUUCUCCUGCCAGAUACAGUGCUGCCGUCCUGAGCAGUGCAGCUGCUACUGUGUCUGCUGUUAUUGCUGCAAAAACCAGGCUGUCCAGCCCUGAAAAUUAUCACUCACUCCUGGAUGCGCUUUGCAUCAGCCCUGUUUCCAAGCCUCUAGCUUUUUCAUAUCUCCAGUUCGCAAGGAAAUCAACUGGUUCUAUCGAUGUUAAGGAAACAAGCAACACCCAGGAGCCUUCUCAGCAGUUGACUCCAGCAGUAGCCUCAGCACGUAGCAUGCCUGAGAGGUCAGAGAGUCCAGCCUCCUCAAGACCAGGCGUGGCUGGUCUCCCCACUGCUGCUGCCUUCAAGCCUGUAGGAUCCACCAGCAUCAUCAAAUCACCAAGCUGGCAACGGCCAAAUCAAGCAGCGCCUUCUACUGGAAGAAUCUCAAACAGUGCAACUUCUUCUGGAGCAUUGGCUCCGGCCCACUCAGCAGUGGGGCAGCCCCAACCCACUGACCAGGACACGUUAGUGCAAAGAGCUGAACACAUUCCAGCAGGGAAACGCACCCCUAUGUGCGCCCACUGCAACCAGGUCAUCAGGGGGCCAUUCCUCGUGGCACUGGGGAAAUCUUGGCAUCCAGAAGAAUUUAACUGUGCACACUGCAAAAAUACAAUGGCCUACAUUGGAUUUGUAGAGGAGAAGGGAGCCCUAUAUUGUGAGUUGUGCUAUGAGAAAUUCUUUGCUCCUGAAUGUGGUCGAUGCCAAAGGAAGAUCCUUGGAGAAGUCAUCAAUGCUUUGAAACAAACUUGGCACAUUUCCUGUUUUGUGUGUGUGGCCUGUGGAAAACCCAUUGGUAAUAAUGUUUUUCAUUUGGAGGAUGGUGAACCCUACUGUGAGACUGAUUAUUAUGCCCUCUUUGGCACCAUAUGCCAUGGAUGUGAAUUUCCCAUAGAAGCUGGUGAUAUGUUCCUGGAGGCGCUAGGCUUUACCUGGCAUGAUACUUGCUUCGUGUGCUCAGUAUGCUGUGAAAGUUUGGAAGGUCAGACCUUUUUCUCCAAGAAGGAUAAGCCACUUUGCAAGAAACACGCUCAUUCAGUCAAUAUUUGAAAGUUAACAGGGGAAGAGAAGAAAUUUGAAGAGAAGAGGAGAAUUAAAAUUACCAACUAAUUUUCAGAUUAAAUAUUUAUAUGAAGUUUUGAAAAAUAAUUGUGGCCCUGAGGGAUAAAUUCCAGCUUUUAAAACCAAUUCUAUGAGGAAAUAUUUGGCUUCAUAAAGUAAAGAGACAGUUUGGCAUUUAUUAAUACUUUUUCCUUGUAAUUUCUGCCUAUAAAAUAACUUUUAUAAAAACCAAUUUCCUGGUUGGCUGUUAAAUUCAUCUAAGAAUAAAUUAGUGAAGAAUUAAAUUCUAGAAUUAAAAAAAUUCAGCCUUUAUGCUGAAAUAACUACUUUCCUUAUUAGAUAGUUAUAAGUCUUUCUAUAAAAGACAAUGAAAAUGCCUCACGCUUUAUCAUAAGUGAAGCAUUGUAUUUUUUAAAGUGUUCUUUAAAAUAGUAAAUAGGAGUUUAAACAUAAUUUUAUCAGUAAUUGGUGUCAGUUUUUUUAAAUCACAUAUACAUUUUUUCGGUCCUAUAGUUGACUUUUCUAGCAGGAAAUAUCAAUGAUGUUAUAAAAAUAUGUCAUGCCAAUAAGUAAGUCUUUUCUGUAAUUCUCCCCCACCUUCCAAGGCCACCAUAUAGCUUAUAAAUCUCAAAUUUUAACUUUUAUUAAAAUAUGGGUAUUUCUAUUCAUUGUGUAUGUUUCAUCCCCAUAUUAGUCAAACUCCAUUUUUCCUUUCCUUCAUCCUGAGUAAAGAACUAAUUGAACAACUUUGGAUUCUGAUCGUGUUCUCUAAGUUUAAAGACACUAAGUAGAGAAUAAUGUGGCUAGGAAAUAAGGUAAAUCAGUAUUGUAUUCAAAAAAAAUUUAAUUUCCCCCAUUUCUGGACAGAUAUAAAUAGUUUAGAUCUGUUUCAGAGCUGACCUGCUGACAUAUGAGGUUUUAGAACUCUCUUUUCCUGGCAUUUUUUCCCCUUUAAUUCUACAUUAGAAAAAUAAAAGAAUGCCUGGAGAUGUGAGAAUAUCUAUGUUGUUUUUCUCCUGCUAGCUCUCUAUCAGUGAUAAAUAAACCACCUCCACAUAGAUCACAAAGUUUGGGAAGUUUAUUCACGGAGGUUGGUUUGUUAGUAGGAGACCAUGAUUACUCAACUGUUUUUGUUUUCUUCAUUUUCAGAAAAAAAAAAAAAAUAUAUAUAUAUAUAUAGAUACCACAUGAAGACAGAAACAAAGAUGGUAAAAUUGUGGUUCCUAUUGAUACUAACCCAGUGAGGAAGCAUAAUGGCAUUUGAUAGUUUUUGCCUUUAUUUCCAGAAUGGGUGAAAGUCCAUGAUCCCUUUGUGUUAGAAUUUAAAUUUGUUUGGGACAAGGUGCUUCAAAAGUUAAGACAAAGACCAAGUCCUUCCUGCCCAUCCCUCACUAAUAACUUCAUUCAGUUGUAGACAUGUUUGUUAUAAAGAGAGUUUAAGUUACAGUAUUUGCCUAACUUCCUUAAGAACUUUUCAAGGCAUCUGCCCUGGAAGCUGUUAAUUUAUGGUCUAACAGAUUUAUAUUAUAUACAGAUAAUAAUUAACUGGAGAUAGAAGAAUGAGAAGGGUUGACACAAAGUGGCAAAUGGAGUGCCUCACCAGUAGCAACCCGACUACCUCCUCACCCUCUGACUUGUAGGGAAGCAGGAAGUGGUUUUGAAAUAAAGUCCUGGAACUAAAUUGUACAUUAUUUCUCAUUGCUGCUGCAACCACCUUUAGAGGGCAUACUGGCUAAGGUGCACUGUCUCGUAUCUUGAUGCCAGUUUUUUGCUUUACACAAUGUAAAAUCAGUGGGUGGAUUUGUUUUUGGUGUGGUAGAGAAUUUUUUGUUAUAUAGUUAUGCUUUUUAUAGUUUAUAUGCCAAGAUAAUAUUUGAUAAGUCAGUGGCAUUUGGAUAUUUUCUUCAAGGAAUUGUAUUUGACCUGGACUUCUUAUAAAAUUGAUUUUACAUUAAGGAUACAUUUUUACUAAACUUUUUCCUACAUAUUAUUCAAGGAGCUUCAUGUUGCAUUUCUCCAAAUCUUAUCCCUAAAAAGGUAAAAUUGCUUCCUAAUUUAUCAUUUAGUCUUUGUGCUUUGUCUUUCUGUUCUGUGACAAAGUUUUAUAUCUGUUGGUAAAACUGUUAAUUCUGUGAAAUAACUGUUGUAACCCAGAAGAAUCUGUGUUUUCCAAUAGGGGAUGCCAUAUUUAAUAUACUAGCAUUAACAUUUUAAUAACUGACACAGCACUUUAUUCUUCUGGUGAGCUCCCUGAAUAUUUAUUUUUCAGAUUAUAAAUAUUCCAUGUCAGUGGUAUGUUUUUAAUUUUACCUCUUUUCUGUAGAGCAUUUAAGUCUCUCUAGAUGUAUAUUUUGGAAAGCUGUACUUGGUACACUACAGAUUAAAAUAAAAGUACAUAACUCUAAAGCAUCCCCUACUUGAAUUUCCCAGCCCCAAAAUGUUAGUGAUAAGCUCAAAUUUACAGCAUUUCUCUAGACUUAAAAAACAAAUGCCAUUUGUUUAAAAAACAAAUAAUGCCCUCUGCUUAUGUUCAUUUGGAACACAUUUAGAAUCUAAAGCUAAGGCCUAAUCAUUUGAUCACAACAUUGACAAAUAGAAAUGAGUUUAACUUUUCAAAAUGUUAGUAUAAUGUUACGUUUAGAAAUCAUCUACAACAAAAAUAUAUUUAUGGUGUCAUUUUCAAGGGAUAUUAUUUCAAGGGGGGCCAUUUUUAUAGAAAAUAGUUCAUUCCUCUUUCCCAUUCAAGUAUGAAUCUGGUGUUAUAUUAAAUUUUAUUUUGAUGUUUGGAGUUUAGCCAUCCCUAUUGAAAGGAAAGGCUUUGCCAACAUAAAGGGAAAACAUACUGAGUAGUUUUACACAAAUGUAAUGUGGCUUCAGUUUGCCCAUUUUCAUUCUCCAAAUGUUGAGGUGUUGGGUUGGGAUUCUCAAUGUAUCAUUUGCUCAUCUAUUAAUCUCUCAGCUGGUUCUUUAUAUUUUUAAGUUUGUACAUGUUUCUUCUAUUUUGUAUACAUUUCCUAACUCAAACCACAUGAGAAAUAUAAUCAGUAGAGUAAUACCUUAAUGUGCACAUAUACGCUAAAUAAAUGGCUGCGGUAAUGUAGACAAAUCCUCCUGGUUUUUCUUUUUUGGGGUGGCAAGAGUUUCCACUGAGAAAUCAUGGGAAAAGUAUCAAGGAUAGGAUCAGAUGUGGUAAUCCUUGGGAGAAUCCCUGUUUUAUGAUUUUUGCCUGUUAUAAUGUCUGCCACAAAACCAAGCAUUUAAAAAUGCUGUCAGAUUAUUCAUCUUUAAUCCAUGGUUAUAUUCUGUAUGUAGCAUGUACACAAUAAAUGUUUGUGAAUAGAUAAGUAAGCUCUAUUGUCUUUAAAAAAUUCUGGCUGAAGUUACUGAAAUAACCUAUUAUAUCAGAUAUUAUGUUCAAACAAUGCAAGUUCUCAUCUGUAUUUCUUACAUUUUUUCGUUGACCAGGGUACUUUGCUACUUCAUGCUUAAUUCAUUCUUAUCUCCUUAGCUAACUGAUCUGUAACUGGGUAGGCUCACCUAAUCCUUGUUUGUUGAUUGGUUUAAGAUUUUUUUCCAAAUGUAUUAAGAAUAAUGUUUCUGUUGCACGUUGUAUAUCGAAAUAAAAGACAAAUUCAAGUAUAUUUGCUCACAGUAUAUUAAACUCCAGAAGCCAAACUUAUAAGGGCAUCAAGUCUGCAUCUGACAUUUUAAUAGCUGCUGUUUGGUUUCUAUCAAUCACGUCAUUGCACAUUAAAAUGCACCGACAAAAUAAGAGAUCUGUCAUUUCUUCGUUAAAAAACAGUAAUCCAGUA